GUCAGCGAUCAGUCUGCACGCAACAUACCGUCUGUGCCAGAUUCGUGCCAAUGCCAAUUCCAAAUGCCCAAUGCCAAUGCUGUUCCCAGCUUUUCCAUUCCUCUCUUUCUCUCUCUCUCACUCCCUCUGACUCCCUCUCUCUCUUCCUCUCUCCUCCAGCGUCGUCUUCUUCACCUCCUUCUACCGUUUGCGUCCUCCUUAGAGCCUGCGUCUUAGUCUCCCUAACCGCCUUCCCCUCCUCCCCCUUGCGCUCGCUCUCUUCUCCCUCUUCGUCCUCGAACACGCCGUCCGCCGUUGCACACACCGGUCAAAGGACGGUUGACCCGCCGCAGGUUAGUCGACGCCAGACAAUCGUCAGACCCUUCCCAGCGUGAACCACAUUCUUCGCAGCCAAGACUGGCCCCAGAGCUUUUUGCCUCCAGUCCAAAAGCUUCGAGCUUCCCGCUCUUUUUGCUCUUCUAGCCCCUCUCUUCGUCAUUCCCUUGCCCCCAGCUGAGCUCCUUAUUCGUCGCCGUCGCAUGCUCAGUCAGCACCGCGCUGCUACUCACCCUUUUGCAUUUCGUCGUAUACGUCACCUGCAGCUUCCACUUCACCCGCUCUCCAAGAGGAAAGUGCGUCUACAUCGUUCCCAACUGUCCCCCGUCCAGUCCAAUCCUCUCCCAUUUGCCAAUUCUUACUCCUCCAAAACCCACACCCUUUGACUGCGCCUCACUAGCUAGCCCUUCGCCUCCCCCCAGUCGAGUCGGGCUCAGGAGCAUUAUUUUUUUUCCACUUCCCGUGUGCGCAUAUUUUUCUACAGUCCCGACCCCGGUCCGUAUGUUGAUAACCCUCACAAGGCACGAGCGCAAGACUUGUAUAUAACCAGACGGCCUGCACUGUAUUUCCAGGUCCCGCAAUCCGCCAAGUACAUUGACAGGCCCGUCAGGACACACAAUCACCGGCACACAUUCCAACACACAGCUUUGACCUCCUUCUCUAUCACACGCGCAUAGAAAACAACGACCAUGGCAGAACGGCCCAGCCUCGGCAGAGACGACUCAUACAAUCGGGUUACCGUCUCCAGCAAUCUCAAAUCGCAGAUCAUGUCCAUGAUCGCCGACUCAUCCGAAUCGUUACCCUUAGGCGUGGUUUCUGAAUCGGACGAGGACGAAGAGUCUACCGCUGCCACCACAAACACCAAGGAAACGACGAAGAGCGCGUCCAACCUGUCGACACAAGAGCCGCUGAACGCUAGCGAUAUGGUGACGCCCACGCCUGAGAAGCCUAAUCCUUUGGAACAGAUUCCCACGGAGACGAUGGGAACAACGGCAAGUCGAACGACCACGGCGAGUUUGACGCAGAGCAACGACAACAAUAGCAGACCGGGAUUGGACAAGCGGCAGAGCACCAUGAAGAGAAUCAGCGGCGUGUUCAAGAAGAGCACAAGCAAGAACCAGUAACGGAGAUCUGUUGGGAUAGGGUGCGCGGAGCCUUGCAUUCGACAGGAAUGACGCGGACUUGUCUCUCUGGACUCAGAAGACAUGGCUUGUGAGCUCUGAUGAUUUUCAAGGCUUUUUUUUUUAAAAUUUUUUUUCUAUUAUUCUUCAUGGUUCUA